CUCAGUGACGUCACAUUCCCAGAAUGCAGUCUGGUAAACAGACAUGGAAGCACCUGGUGAAGACCUCCACAGAGGCUGAGCACCGCACUCGCUCUUUCUCGCCGUGUCCUGUCCCUUUCGCCCAUUGCAUCCAGUUGAUUUCAAUCGGCCUGGCGUUUGUUUACACUAACCGGCAUCUGUAGGAUUGAUUUCUUCUUCAGUGUGUGCGGCAGCCAGUGAGAACCCAAACUGAUGUGGAUCAGCUGACUGGGUUACAAAUAAGUUACUUUUUUGCUUAUUUGCCAAGCGGAAAGAAUGUCGGAAAGGGCCGAGGAUGACGUCAGGGGGGAGCAGCGCCGAGCAGCCAGGCAGCAGCUGAAGCAGCAGCAGCAGCCGAUCCAGCGGGGAGAAGGCUCCACAGCAAUGGCGACUGUUGCGGAGCGGAGAUCCUUACCGAGUCCAGAAAUAAUGGUGGGACAGCCUUGGAGCAACUGGGUCGACGCCGCCAAACUCCACGGAAACGACGGUGCUGAAUUGGAGGAAAGUUUCAAAGACUUGGGGAAAAAUCGCGAAGCCAUGCGUUUGUGCAGAGAAGAUAUGCCGAUAUUUGGCCAGUAUCCUGCGCAAGACGACUUCUACCUGGUGAUGUGCAGCCACUGUAGUCAAGUAAUCAAGCCCCAAGCCUUCCAAGCACAUUACGAGAGAAGACAUAAUUCUGCCGUCAAGUCGGCAUCCACCUCGCCCUUCACUUUGUCGGGAAGGAACAGGAACAGUGCUAGCAGUGGUCUCGGACCUGGACUUGCCUCAGGGUCUCUCGCUGGAGUGACAAGCGGAGGGAUUGUUAGCCGAACCGCUACCGCUGGAUCUAACUUCUCUUCCUCCGCAACGUCGUCCUCCUCCUCCUCCUCUUCCUCCGCCAAUCCCAAACUACUCAAACCAGCCAAAGACAAGGUGUCGGGCAUCCAGCGAAGACCUCCUUUUGCCCCGUUCAGGAUGCUGCAGCCGGACAAGAUCCUCACCCCGGCUGUCAAGGUGGAGAAGAUGCACCUGAAUCCGGACUCGUCAGCUAAGCUGGUGCAGGUCCCCUCUGCUCCCGCCACCACCUCAUCCUCCUCCUCCUCUACAUCCUCCUCUAGCACCACUGUGAGCUCCACCACUACCACCAUCACCACCUCCUCAUCCUCAGCCCUUAAACCAGGCCUUAACUGUCCCUCCAUACCAAAGCCUCCCUUACUGGCCCCGGGUCAGAUCCCCAACGGCAAAGGCCACCUGUCAAUUCUCUCGGACAAGAAGCAGGACGGCAGCAACAGCAGCAGUGCCAGUAGCAGGCGCCACCUGAACAAGAAAGUGACAGAGCGUGAGUUCAAUCCAGACAUUCACUGUGGCGUUGUGGAUGUGACAGCUCGGAAAACCUGCACAAGAUCCCUAACAUGCAAGACACAUUCCUUGAGCCAGCGGCGGGCAGUGCCAGGGCGGAGGAAGCGCUUUGACACAUUGCUGGCAGAGCACAAGAACAGAACAAAGGAGCGGGAGAGAGAGCUCCACCAAACCCAUUCCCAACAGCCUCCCCCUCUCAGGGACCCGCACCCCUCCCUCCAUCUUCCCACUUCUUACGAUGUCCAUCCGGUGGCUCAUGGCAACGGCCCCGCCCCAGAGGCCACCAAGAUUCUGCCAUCCAACAAACCCAAAUUUGUCAUCCCUGGUCUUCCACGAUUAAACAACAUACACGGGCCUGGUACCCCAGCGGACCCUGCAAUAGUCCACGAGUCACCGCACCAUCCCCAAAGUACUCCGGAUGGGCUUUCUCGAGCCUCCAGUGAUGAGGGCGAGAAUGAGGAGCGUGAGGAGAACGCUGAGAAAAUGCACUGUCACUAUUCAGGUUAUCACCCUCGACCGGUAGCUUACUGUAAUUUUGGAAGUCGACUGUUUGGGAGAGGCUGUUACUCCUUUGACAGGCGAUGGGACAGAAUGCGAUACGUCCUCUCUGCAAUGAUGGACAAGCACGUCAACUCUCAGAUGUGGAAGAAAAUCCCCUUGGCCUUGGAGAACAGCGCUUCCUUUGCACCUCCCCAUAGGACAAGCACAAACUCCCCCAGUAGCACCCCGUCUUCAGGCUUCCUGUGCCCCCCUGCCACCAUGCCCCAGACGCCCUACAGCCAAUCCUUUGAAGGCAAGCCCGUGCUCUCCUAUGGGACCACCUUAAACGCCCGCAGCUCUCCGCAGGGAGGGCCUGAGCACCCGGCCUACGGCACCACACAGGCCCGACAAGUGUCUUCGUCGCCGCAGAUGCCUUCAGCCCACUUGUCUUCAUCCACCUCCCCUUUAGCUCCUUCACUCGCCUCAGGCCGGGCGCUUAAGUCCCGUCCCUCCAGCAGCAGCAGCAGCAGCACGACCAAGUCAUUGUCCGUCAGGCCCAAGGAGAUCUCCGCUGGCUCCUCCACACCCGUCACCCCCACCUCAGUCGGCGUGGCCAGUAACAGUAGCAGCACCAGCUUCAGCUCGGGAAAGAAGAGGAAGAACAGCUCUAUCCUCUCAUCGUCCCAUAGCUCCUCAGAACCCGCUAAUGCUAACUAUACUCCCUCGUCCUCUUUGAAGAAAAACUGUGCAAACGUCGGCAGCUCAGGGAGCACCUACCACCACCACGGCUCACUCGGUUCCUCGUCCUCAUCCUCUUCGCUAUCUUCCUCCCACAGCGGCGUCCACAGCGUGGGCCUCAACUGUGGCCCCAGCGUGCGCACGAACUCUCUCAGCCUCAAGGCCGAGCUUUCCGCGGGCUCGGUAGGCGGCUCCUCGGGCCCGCCGGCGCGAGGCCCCCCCUCGGGCAGCCCCGCCGAGUCCAUCAAGCGUAUGAGUGUGGUGAUGAACAGCAGUGACUCCACCCUCUCCCUGGGGCCUUUCGUCCACCACCAGUCCUCCGCCGACCACCACACCGGCUUCGGCCACCACUCCUCAGACGGGCGCCUGGAAGGCAAGAAGCGCAAAAGCUCCCCUGCCUCCGGCGGCAUAAAUAGCGGCGCCGGGGGAGGUGGACUCGGGCCAGGUGGGGGUCCUGGACCCGGUCGACCCAAGGUGCCCAAGUCGCCUGCCAUCAACAAUAUCCACGGCAAGCACGGGCGGAACAUUCCAGGGACGCCGGGGCUACCGAACAACUCUCAUUUACAUCAGCCAAAGGCCCGUCCCUGACAGUGGUGUCAGCCCGCCGAGUGUGUGGAUGCGGCCCGAUGACGGGGAAUCGUCCGGAGCACCCCGCUCUGGACUGUAAGAGGCCUUCUCAAACGAAAACCCACAAUACUCUCAGUUUCCCGCAAUCCUCAGGUUGGAGAUGAUCUGGACUGCCCGGUCAAGUCAAAAUGUCCGUACUCUUUCUCCCAAAGCCAUGUCUGUCGGAGGGGGCGGUGGGGACAAGGGGUGCUCGGUGGGGACACGUCCACUUUGCGGACCUCCGCUCGCGUGGCCUUGUCCCGGUAUUCCGAACGGUCUUCCAGAGACGCUCCCAGCGCGGGAGGAAGGAGAGACGACAGCCAUGAGUCUCCAGGGUGCACUUUGGUUCCGGUUAAGGGCUGCUCUGAGCUCUGCGGCCGCGAGCUGUCAUAACGCUGAGCAAGUGGGGAGACGACUAGCCGAUCUCUUCCUUGUGCGUGCGUGUUUGAGCCUUUUGAGCAUUUAUUCAAUGUCCUACUAAUGCGUUGAACUGUCCCAUGUCCUCAUACGCUUUUUGUCCUCACUGGUGAGACAAUUCAGCACAGGAGCAGAACGACUGCCGUCUCUGCCUG